UGCCAUGUUCUUGCAUGUUGUUGGUCACAACCAAAGGUUCAGAGUUGUGCACCAGGCCUUUAGGAGGUCCAUUCAGACAGUACACAAGCACUUUCAUCAGGUUUUGUAUGCUGUUGGAGAGCUUAGGAAGGAACUUAUCAAGGCACCUAGCCCUACCACUCACCCAAAGAUCACUGGAAGCUAUAGAUGGAAUCCAUAUUUAAAGGACUGCAUUGGUGCCAUUGAUGGCACCCAUGUGCUGGCAAGGGUGCCUAGACACAUGCAGCAAGCUUUCAGGGGUAGGAAAACUAACCCGACACAAAAUGUGAUGGUUGCUGUGGACUUUGACCUCAAGUUCACAUACGUUCUAGCUGGCUGGGAGGGGUCUGCCCAUGAUGCACUUAUCCUGGCUGAUGCCAUUGAGAGGGAUGAUGGGUUCACUGUCCCACAAGGUAAAUUCUACUUGGUAGAUGCGGGGUAUGCAUGCCGCACUGGCUUUCUACCCCCCUUCAGGGGGGUUAGGUACCAUUUGAGUGAGUUUGGGAGCAGAAAUCGACCUACCAAUGCAAGAGAACUGUUCAACCUGAGACACUCGUCACUUAGAGUAACUGUGGAGAGGGCUAUAGGUGCAUUGAAGAACAGGUUUCGUAUCUUGGACAACAAGCCCUUUCACAAGUAUAAGACACAAGUCAAGCUUGUGUUGGCAUGCUCGAUCCUGCAUAACUGGAUUUUAGGCUUUGGCAUUGAUGAAAUAGUGCCUGAUGAGGAGGGUUUCACUGGCACACAACAAGAUCCACUAGAUGACAAUGGUAGCCAGAGCCAAGAAUCCAGUGCCAUGGCUGCAAAGAGGGAUGCCAUUUGCAAUGUUAUGUGGGAAGGGAGGGGAAGCUCUAGGAUAUGAUGGUUUGUUUACCCUGCUAUGGAAC